CAGGCCGACAGUGUUGCUACCGUAAGAACGAGAAAAUUUCUGACGAACCGGCUUUUAUGCCGCAAACAGAUGGUAGUCGAUGUGCUCCACCCAGGACGAUCAACUGUUCCUAAGACUGAAAUUAGAGAUAAACUGGCUUCGAUGUACAAAACAACUUCAGAUGUUGUAUUUUGUUUUGGCUUCAGGACCCAAUUCCAGGGUGGCAAAACAACUGGUUUUGCAUUGAUAUAUGAUACUCUUGAUGUGGCCAAAAAAUUUGAACCAAAAUAUAGAUUGGCGCGACAUGGCCUGGUUACUCUCACCAAAUCAUCAAAAAAACAAAGAAAGGAGAGGAAGAACAGACAGAAGAAAGUCAGAGGUACAAAGAAGGCCAAAGUUGGGGCUGCCUCUGGA